AUGGCUAAAGGAUCAGGAUCAACACGAUACAACUUCCUCAUCGUCUUCUUCGUCGCCCUUGGGAGUUUUACAUACGGAUUCAAUUCCGCAAUCACAGGACUUGUCAUCGGCCUCCCAGCUUUCUUCAAAUACUUCAACAUCAACCUAGAUGAUACUAAGGGAAACCAGAUUACCGGAGCCAUCAAUGGGCUCUAUUCUGGUGGAGGCAUCCUAGGAUGUAUCCUCGUCCCCUGGCUUCUUGACCACCUGGGUCGUCGCCGAACCAUUCAGAUCGCAGCGGCUGUGGCAGUCAUCUCGGCUGCCUUGCAGGGCGGCAGUGUAGCCAUUGCCAUGUUUCUGAUCGCCCGCUUCCUCAAUGGUUUCGCCGUUGGCAUGUUAGACACCUCAAUCCCUGUGUUUCAGUCCGAGAUCUCGCCAGCCCGCCAGCGAGGCCGCAUGGUCGGUGCCCAUGGGGUUCUCAUCGUGAUCGGAUACAGCGCUGCUGGCUUUGCUGGCUUUGGCACAUACUUUGCAACCGCGACAGUCAGCUGGAGGCUCUGUCUUAGCCUUCAGAUUGUGGCUCCUCUUCUGCUGUUCAUUGGAUCACCAUGGCUUCCAGAAUCACCUCGGUGGCUCAUCGACCAUGACCGCCAUGAGGACGGCUUCAAAGUCCUUCGCAAGCUGCACACACGUCCCGACGACCCAGACGAGAUCGUGGCUCGAGAAGAGUACCUACAGAUCCGCCGGCAAAUCGAACUGGAACGCGCAGACCAGCUGAAUAAGAGCUGGGCCACACUCUUCAAGAAGCCCAGCCUGCGGAAGAGGCUGAUCCUCGGCUUUGGGACGCAGUUCAUCGCGCAAAGCACAGGCGUCUUGGUCGUCAACAACUACCAGAUCCUACUUUACAAAUCCCUCGGCAUUACUGGAUCGUUGCCACUGCUGCUGAACGGCUUGUACAAUGGUCUAGCCGCGAUCAUGAACUUUGUCAACUCGUUGUUCUUGGAUCGUCUAGGACGUAUCCGCAUCAUGCUCAUCGGUCUUACCGGCUGCGCGUGUUCUCUGAUCUGCUUCACCGCCAUGGUCGCCACGUUCGGCGGAACGACCAACCGAGUCGGUAACGGCUUCGGGGUGUUCUUCUUGUUUCUCUUCGUCUUUUUCUACGGCGGUUCUAUGGACGCUACGAGCUAUGUGUAUUGCAGUGAGAUCUUCCCGACUCCGCUCCGCGCCCAGGGCACAGGCUUCAGUGUGGCCGGUCUCUUCACAGCUACCCUGAUAUACACGCAGACUGCGCCCGUGGCAUUUGCAUCAGUCGGCUGGAAGUUCUACAUUGUUUUCAUCAUCCUGCCGCUCCUUGGCGCCAGCUUGAUGUGGAAGUUCUUCCCUGAGACGAAGCAGCUUAGUCUCGAGGAGAUAUCAGGUCUUUUCGGCGACGAGGUUGCUUUGGAUAUCAAUCAGCUUAGUGCCGAGAAGAGAGAGGAGUUGGACCGCCAGUUGCUGGAAGGUGGUGUUGGGGUUACGUCGAUGCUGCCGGUCAAGGGCGAGGCAGGGCCGACUGGAGAUCAGAUCGAGAAGGUCUAA